AAAGUGUCUAUUAGGAUCUACAUACAAUAGACAAGGAAAAGAAACUAUUUUGUCAUCAAUAUGUUGGCUUCAUAAUCAGUACCGUAGUUUUAAAACAACGAGCCUCAAGAAAAACAAAAUAAUUUUGACAUAUUAAAAAACAAAUAAUAUUUUUGACAUAUACACACUAUGUCUAGUGUGUAAUUUGUAAUAUUUUGUAAUUUUAAAUUAAAUAUAACCCAUAAACUGGAGGAACCUAAAAAUUUUAAACAAAAACAUUUCGAAUUAUGACACUUUUUUAUUUUGUUCUACUUACAAAUAAUUUUAUCUAUUGUUUUCAUCAUUAUCUAUAAUUAUUUAAUUAAUUAAUUUGACAAAAUGUCAUCAGCGCAUUUAUCCGGAGGACGACUCAACAUCGGUUUGCUCCAGGAACAAGCCAGAAAACAAUUGUUAUGUCUUAUUGAAAAAUGCGAUGGGCCAAAAGCUAUCGUUUGGGACCAAUCACUCGCUGGCCCAGUUGGUCUUAUCGCCAAAUAUAAUUUAUUAGAAGAAUAUGGUGUCGUUAAAAUGUACGAGUUAGUUGGUGGCCAACUUCCUCUUACUAAUGUCACAAACAUAAUAUUUAUAGUCCGGCCACACUUAGACUUGAUAGAUUUAAUUGCCGAGAAUGUUCACGGAGAGCAAAAUCGAUCUGCCAAAGAGUUCCAUUUAUUUUUUGUUCCUCGAAAAAGUUUACUGUGUAAAAAAAAAUUAGAAAAUCGAGGAGUUCUUGGUAAUUUUACUUUAAUUGAAGAAUUCGUCUGUGAUCUUUUUCCUUUUGAUAAUGACCUGAUAUCGAUGGAAUUGAAUGAAACUUUCAAAGAGUUUCAUUUAGAAAAUGACCCGACUUGCUUAUAUCAAGUAGCACUUGCUAUUCAGAGAUUACAGAAAUUGUAUGGAAAAGUUUCUAAAAUUACGGGACGUGGACCAGCAGCAAGUAAAGUUUGGAAUUUAUUAAAAAGAUUAGACCGAGAAGAAGAAGAAAAGGAUAUAAAAGAAUACAGAGGAAGUAAUACACCAGUGAGAAUUGACCAUUUGCUUUUAAUUGAUCGAAGCAUUGAUCUGCUCUCUCCUCUUGUCACCCAACUGACUUAUGAAGGCUUGAUUGAUGAAAUAUAUAACAUUCACUGUACUACGAUCAAACUACCAGCUAAAAAAUUUCACGAUUCUGAGAGCUCUCCUACUGUUAUGUCGAUUGAUAAAAAAGAACAAAUUAUACUGAAUUCAGGUGAAGAAUUAUUUGCUGAAAUCAGAGAUAAAAAUUUCAAUGGCGUUGGGCCUGUUCUAAGUCAAAAAGCUAAAAUUAUCUCAUCCCAGUUUGAUGAAAGACACGGAGAUAAAAGUGUGCAAGAAAUAAAACAAUUUGUUGCUCGAUUACCUUACAUGCUCGCAACAAAACAAUCUUUAGCACGACAUACGACCAUAGCUGAAAUGGUAAAAGAAGUAACAGAUUCCGAUAGUUUCCUCGAGCGUCUUCAAGUAGAACAAGAAUUAUUGAACUGUAUUGAUACUGAUAAGCCGAAUGCGUACAUCGAAGAUUGUAUAUCACAGAAAAAACCUUUGAUCAAAGUCCUUCGACUUCUUUGCAUUCAGUCUUUAACAAAUUCUGGUUUAAAACCAAAACUUCUUGAUUAUUAUAAGAGGGAGAUUAUUCAAACGUAUGGUUAUCAACAUAUUCUGACGUUGUCGAAUCUUGAAAAAGCAAAUUUACUGAGAUCUCAGCAAUCUAACAGACAGUAUGCAGUUUUACGAAAAGCUUUGAGGCUCACUGUUGAAGAUGAAAGCGAAAUUGCGCCAAAAGAUAUCAGCUAUGUACACUCAGUUUACGCGCCUUUAAGUAUAAGACUAGCAGAACGUUUAAUCCAACCGGGUGGAUGGCAAGGUUUGAAUGAUAUUCUAGGUUUAUUACCAGGCCCAUCAGUUAAUGAUUCUCAAGAGAAAAUAUCUAAUCUCAGAAGACAAUCGAUUACAAGUGAAGAUUCAAACUCAGAGCCAUCACGGCUUGUUUUAGUAUUUUUCAUUGGUGGUUGCACUUACGCUGAAAUAUCAGCAUUGAGAUUUUUAUCUCAGCAAGAAGAUCUAAACGUUGAGUUUAUCAUUGCAACCACAAAACUAAUUAAUGGAGAUUCAUUCAUUAUGUCUUUGACUGAGGAUCUGCAAACACCUCAAAAAUGA